UGCAGCUUCCUGUGCUCGAGUCUCAGGCCACUGAUUAAUAAUGCUACUCACUUGACCAACCCACAUAGGACCAAACUCCCAGAUUGAAGGGGAAGGGGGAAUCUGAUCAUCCAUCAUCUCGGCACCAUUUCAAGGUGCUGAUAUGUGUACACAAUGAGUGGACUGGGGGAGAACUCCAUGGAGCCUCUAAGUUCAGAAAAUCGGAAACGCAAGCUCUCCACUUGCGAAACGCCUGGUCUGGGGUGUGACAGGAAGCGUCGGGAGCAGGAGAGCAAAUACAUAGAGGAGCUGGCGGAGCUGAUCUCUGCCAACCUCAGCGACAUCGACAGCUUCAACGUCAAACCAGACAAAUGUGCCAUCCUCAAAGAGACAGUGCGCCAGAUCCGUCAGAUCAAAGAGCAGGGAAAAGCUUCAUCCAACGAUGACGACGUGCAGAAGUCAGACGUGUCCUCAACAGGUCAGGGGGUCAUCGACAAGGACCACCUGGGGCCGCUCCUGCUGCAGGCACUGGACGGCUUCCUGUUCGUUGUGAACCGGGAGGGCAGCAUCGUGUUUGUGUCAGACAACGUGACGCAGUACCUGCAGUACAAACAGGAGGAGCUCAUCAACACCAGCGUGUACAAUAUUCUCCAUGAGGACGACAGGGAGGAGUUCCACAAGAACCUGCCCAAGACCAACAUAAAUGGGGUGUCGUGGGGAAGUGAGGCGGCCCGACAGAAGAGUCACACCUUCACUUGCCGGAUGUUGGUUAAAUUUGGCCAUGUCCAUGGCCCCAUGGAGGAGGGGCCAGCAGGGCCGCGCUACGAGACCAUGCAGUGUUUUGCUCUUACGCAGCCCAAGGCCAUGAUUGAGGAGGGGGAAGACCUACAGUCAUGUAUGAUCUGUGUGGCCCGUCGAGUUACAGCCAUGGAGAGAACAGAAAGUUUCAAUACCCGGCAUGAGCUCUCAGGUAAACUGAUCCAGAUUGACCAGAACUCUCUGCGAGCAUCGAUGCGUCCGGGCUGGGAGGAUUUGUUGAGGCGUUGUAUUCAAAUGUUCCUGCAGCACAGUGACGGGCAGCCAUGGUCACACAAACGCCACUACCAUGAGGCCUUUCUGCAGGGUCAUGCCGAGACGCCCUUGUACCGCUUCUCUCUAUCUGACGGCACUCCAGUCACAGCCCAAACCAAGAGCAAGCUGUACCGCCAUCCCAUGAACAACGAGCCGCAAGGCUUCAUCUCCACACAUUUACUACAGAGAGAACCAAACGGUUACCGCUCGUCUCAGGGUGGAAGCAUGAUGCCAAACACGAUGAGACAGCAAGGUGUGGGAGGCCCCAACCCCAAUGCCCAAAUGAACAUGAACAGUGGUGGAGGGAUGGGCAUGGGCGGCAUGAACAGGGGAUAUGGUACAAAUGAGCAGGGCCACAUGGGUCACAUGGGUCCAAUGGGAGGCAGCUCCAUGUACGGAGGUAGUGGUGGAGGUGGAGGCGGAGGUAUGGGCAAUCGCAUGAUGCCAAUGAAUCAGAUGGGCCAGAUGAAUCAGAUGGGGCACAUGAAGCAGCAGCACCCGCAGCAGCACCCACAGCAGCACCCGCAGCAGCCCCCAUUUCAGAGCAGCGGCGGGUUUGGGCUCAGUGGCAUGAACAGCCCUUCAGGGAGCCCCAGAAUGGGCGGUCCCCAGCAGGGCCUCCUGAUGUCACCCAGGAAUCGAGGGAGCCCCAAAAUGGGUGCCAACCAGUUCUCACCAGGAGGCAUACACUCUCCUAUGAGUGGCAUUGGCAGUGGUGGAGGAGGUGGAGGGAGCACAACCACCUUUUCUAGUAGCUCCCUAAAUGCCCUACAAGCUAUCAGUGAAGGAGUUGGGAGUUCCCUCCCAUCCACCUUGAUGUCCCCCUCUCCAGCACUCAAACCAGACAGCUCUCCCAGCAUCCACUCCUCUUCUUCCUCUCAACUCAGCCAGCCAGUCAAACCAGGCCAAGAUGGCUCCAAAAGCCCAGCAGGAGGCCUGGGGCCUGGACCUGGACCUGGUGACCAUCACCAUCCGAUGCACCAUCAGCACCAUCAUCCGCAUCCUCAAGCAGAGAGUUCUGGAGACCGACCAGACAGCCAGGCAGGUACAGUGACAAAAGAGUCUGGAGAAGGGAGCAAUGAGGCAGGGGCAGCGAGUGCAGAUCCUCCGCGGAGGUUGCCAGACAGUAAAGGUCAUAAGAAGUUGCUGCAGUUGCUGACUUCCCCAACUGAGGAGCUGGGAAUAGGUGGUAGCGGACCAGCAGGACCCCCAGUACCACCCACACCAACCAGCAGCAGUUCUGCCACAGGAGCAGAAAGUAAAGACCCUAGUGGAGGCAUGACUAGCCCAUCGUCCACUGGAGUGUCUUCCUCUUCCUCAGCCAGUGCCAAUUCAGGACAGGUAACAGGGCCUGGAGGAGUGUCGACAUCGAUUUCCUCUGCUCACUACACUGGCUCGUUGCAAGAGAAGCACAAGAUCCUCCACAAGCUCCUUCAAAAUGGCAAUACCCCAGAUGAAGUAGCUAAAAUCACAGCUGAGGCCACAGGGAAGGUGUCACUUGGAGGCCAGGAGACUGGUGAGGUAGGAGCAGGAGGAUCAGGGGCCGCGCCUGGGCUGAUCACAGAGCCUAAACAGGAGCAGCAUAGCCCCAAGAAGGAGAAGACUCAUGCCCUCCUCCACUACCUCCUCAACAAGGAUGACUCCAAAGAGCCAGUGGAUGUGAAGCCCAAACUUGAAGAACUCGAGGGGAAGGGACCCCCAGGGGCCGCUGGCGGCCCUCCACGAAACGGCCCUGGAUCAGGGCCCGGCCCUGCACCUGAGCAUCCUGAGAGCAAGAUCAAGUUGGAACCAGCUGAUGAUUUACAUAACCUGGAGUCUAUCUUGGGAGAUCUGAGAGGUUCCAGCGCUGACUUUUACCCAGAUCAGGCUGGAAGUGGAGGGGCCAACGAAACGGGAACAAAAUCUCAAGGUUGCCUUGACGACAACCUGCAGGGGAGUCCAGGAAUGGGUCCAGGCCCUCGGGGACCCUUCCAGAGGACCGUGUCCAUGGAUGGGAAGCCUCCCGGUGGUCCUGGAGGAGCAGGUAGACACACCAUGCUUAUCAAGCAGGAGAUGAUGGGCAGCCCAGACAGCUUCCCUGGAAAUAUGGGACCAAUGAAUAGGGGCAUGGUCCCUCAGAGGUCUCCCAUGGGAGGGUCCAGUGAGUGGGGCAUGCCGAGCUCCGGUGCCAGUCCUGUGGGCUCAGCGGGACACCCGUCCAUGAUGCGUCCGGGUAUGGAGUACAACAGUGGCAAGGGGAUGAUGUCAGGACCCAUGGUCAACCGCUCCAACAGUGUCCCGGGCACCAGGUCGAUGCUGCAGCAACAGCUCAUGGAUAUGGGAGGCUCUGCUGACAUGGGUAUGGGUCCCUUUAGCCAGCAGGGACAGCCCAACCAGUCCCCCUCCUGGCCAGACACCAUGAUGAGCAUGGAGGGUAACAGUCGGCGGCAGUUUGGCAGCACCUUGGAUGAUCUUCUGGUGCCUCCAACUACCAGUGAGGGUCAGAGCGACGAGCGAGCACUUCUGGACCAGCUGGACUCUCUGCUGAAUAACACAGAUGGCAUCGCUCUGGAGGAGAUAGACCGAGCCUUGGGCAUCCCAGACCUUGUCAGCCAGACCCAGGGGGGAGAGCAGCAGCUGGAACCUUUUCCGGGACAGGACCCGUCCAUGGUGCUCGACCAGAAGCCUCUGUAUGGACAGGGCUACCCUGGACCCCCCAGCAUGCCCAUGCAGUCGGGCUACGGAGGGAACCCCAUGCAGGGUCAGGCCCAGCAGGGUGGGUUUGGACCCAUGCUCUCACAGAUGGGACAAGGCGGCAGUUUCCCUGGUAUGGGUGGAAUGGGGGGCAUGGGACACCCUCGUGCCAACAUGAUGAGGCCAAGGAUGAUGAGUGCCAACAAGCCCAUGAGACUUCAGCUGCAGCAGAGGCUGCAGGGACAGCAGUUUAUGAAUCAGACGCGGCAGGGCAUGGGCAUCAAGAUGGAGAAUCAGGGAGGAAACCCUGGCAUGAGGCCUGGUAUGCAGCCUGGCAUGGCAGGACAGCCUGGCUUCCUCAACGCUCAGAUGAUGGCUCAGCGCAGCAGAGAGAUGGUCAACCUGCAGAUGAGGAGGCAGCGCAUGAUGAUGCUGAUGCAGCAGCAGCACCAGCAGCAGGUGGCCGCUGCAGCCGCAGGAGGCUUCAGUCCCCCGCCCAACGUCACAGCUCCUGGAGGCAUGGAUAGUCCUAUGGGAGGACCCAACAUGGGCCAGCCAGGCCCGCAGCAGUUUGGCUAUGGCGGUAACUAUGGAAUGGCGCAGCAAGGAGACCCUUCGUUUGGCCCAUCAGGCGGCAGUCCUCCCAACGCCAUGAUGCCAGGCCGCCUGGGGCCUCAAAAUCCCAUGAUGCAACAGCAUCCACAGGGCGGUCCCAUGUACCAAGGUGCAGACAUGAAAGGCUGGUCGCAAGCAGGCAUGGCGCGCAGCAAUUCAUACCCUCAGCAGCAGUUUGGGCAGCAGGGACCUCCAGGGCAGCAGCAGUUUGGGCAACAGGGGAAUCCAGGCCAGUAUGGGGGCAUGAUGAUGAACGGGGGCAUGCCGGCCAGCGGAGGAGGAGGACAUAUGGGCCAGAUGGGAGGACAGAUGGGUAUGAACCCAAUGGUGAUGGGACGCAUGCCGAUGGGACCUGAUCAGAAAUACUGCUGAACACCGUGACGGAGGCGUUCCUCUCACUGUGAUCUCCGUUCAGAUGCGGUUAUGCAGCUGCAGCGCUGGAGUGUGUGUGGGUGAUCAGGUGGUCGGUGCGUCUGUGUGUAAUGCCGCGUUCCCACCACACGGGGGGAGUGAACUUCCUUCCCUUUUUUGUGGACUCAAUGGCCAGUAGAUGCAGUCUGGCAAAGUGAGGAAAAAACACACGUUGGUCAUCACUGGAAACACUGUGACUCCUUCAGACAGUAGGACAGUCGUGUGUCUCCUCCUGCAGACUCUACUUUAAUAUUCCUCUCUUUAUGCAUUUACUGUGCGUAGUUCAGUAAACUCACAGCUCGCUGGACCAAACGGUGAACGUGGGAAGGCUUUUUUUGUUUGUUUUUCCGUAGAUCACAGACUCGGACUUCAGUGUGCAGAAAAUUCCUCUCCUUUAUCGAAUGUACCAAGAACCUGUGUUCACAUUUCCAGUGUGGGAUUCCUGUCUUCUCUCUCUGAACGCUGUGGGAUGUCUUUAUCCACCCCCGCCUCUCGACUGUUCUCACAAGAUCACAACACACACACACAAAAAAAAAUACACGGUCCCAGACGACGAGCCAUCAAGAUUGUGACACUCAGAUGAAUGUCAUUGAGCAGCAGUAGCACGCACACACACACACACACACACACACACACACACAGUGUCGUUCCUCCGGUCCAGGACGCCGCUGGGCUAAAGUACGACUGAAUUAUUUGUUGGCUGAUUGCACUUUAAGGAAAGGCCAACAUCGAAAAAGGAUUGUGGCAAUAUAGAGGCCUUUACCCGAGAAAUAAUACAUAGCAGCAGACAUUUUAUCAUUUAUUUUUUGUCCUCUCCGAGGUUUCCUUCUCUGAGAGUCGGGGCGGUUGGAAGUGGGUAACCAUGACGAUCUUUGUUCUAAAGUGGGAGCCGACAGAAAAAGGCAGCAAGCACAGAUUUUAUCCUCUCUUCUACAGAUUUAUUACAUAGUUUUGUCUAGAAACAGGCGGAUCCACGUCCUAAUAAAACUCCACUUGAAUUUCUACCAGAUCGACGAGGGGAUAAUUUUAUCAUUCCAGACGCGGUGAUUUUGAAAUAAUCCAAAAUGUUGCAGAUUAUUUUUGGUUACUUUACACUGGUUUACAGUGUCGGUGGAAAUUAAAUUGAUUGUCAUUUGUAAAAAAAACUGAUAUCUGUAUUGUUAUUAUUAUUAUUAUUAUUAUUAUUAUUAGCACACGCUUAGAGGACGUCAUUAGAUUCAGCAUAGGUGUGUACAUUUUUUCUAGCAAUAAUCCUUUUCCUUUCUGGUUUUCCCUCUGAGGACAAAGGUGAAGCGACGGUUGUGCAGUAUUAGACACAGUGUCUGGUUUGGAGCUUCUUCUUCUUUCUUUCUGUCUUUCUUUCUUUCUUCUUUAUGUCUGUGAAUAUGAAUUGUAAAUAUGCUUCAAAUGUACUAUAUAAAUAUAUAUAUAUAUAUAUAAAUAUAUGCUUUUGUAGGUCAUAUACUGUUUUUUGCACAGAUUGUAAGGCUCGAUAUUUAAAAGUGUAAUUUUCUUAUUCCGUCAUAGGUCAGCUUUUAUUUUCAGUACGUUAAAAGCGUCGGUGGGAAGGGGAGGGAGUCCUCUCUCUGCGCAGUACGUGUGGAUCUUUCUUGUCUUGCUGCCACGUUUUUUAUUUAAUUUCUCUUUAUUUUUCCGAGGACAUAGUCUUAGCAAAACAGGUGCUAGUGAGUAUAUUUCUUUUUUAAUUAUUUUUCUCUGGCAAAAAAAAAACAAAAAAAAAAAAUCAAAAAAAAACAACAAAAACAAAAUACGCCUACGUGAAAAAGAGUUGACACUCGAUUGUGUUCGGCUUCAAAAGGCCCGGAUGUCUUACCAGUGUGUGUGUGGGGUUGAUAUUUUCUGACCUUUAACCUCAUGCUUGCGUGCGUGUGUGUAUGUGUGAGAUUUCUGAGCUCUCAUCCUCGGACGUGAGAAAAUGUGGAAAUCAGUCCCAGUGUCUAACCGUGUGUAGCUGUCCUUUAGUUUGUCAACAUAAUACGUUUAAUCCCCGACGGAAGCGACACAAGAAAGCAUUUAAAUAAUCCCCGUUUGCCUUUAGUUUCUUCUUAUGUUCCCUGUGAAGCUCAUUUUUUAAUCUCCUGCUCAAUCCAAAGAUUUCUUUUGUUCCGUCAUUCUGCAGUGCGUAGAAAACGUUCCUGAUUUUAGAUCGUGUGCAAGUGCUCGUGUGCUUUUACCGUCGCACAUAUGAUACCUAUGAUAUACAUUGAGCUAAAUAUGUUUAAUGACAUAUAUUAUUAUAUUCCCAUCUGUAUGACAUAGAGUAGAGAUGAGUCUGCUUCUAACUGAGGUGGUUUGACUUUUCUUUGUUUCGGUUUGUGAUUGUUCUCUCUCUCACUGUCUCUCUUUCU